UCGCCUUUCUCGAUAUCCUACCUCUAAGCCGAGGCCAUCUUCUUCUCUGCACGCGACCGCAUCGCCCUAAGCUAAGCGACGUCACGGCUUCAGAGUCCGCUCACCUGGGUCGUUAUCUGCGCAUUCUCUCAAAGGCCAUGGCACGAGCAACCGGCAUUGAAGAUUGGAACGUGGUCCAAAAUAAUGGCGCUGCUGCUGCCCAGGUCGUGCCUCAUAUGCACUUUCACAUCAUCCCGCGGCCAGAAAUCAGAGCCAGCGGGCGUUUCAGUGAGAGCUUUACCAUGUUUGGGAGGGGAAAGAGAGAGGAGCUGGACGACGAUGAGGCGGUUGUUUUAGCGGAAGAGUUCAGGCAGAGCGUCUCUGCUGUCAUGAGGGAGGAGGAAGAAGAAGAAGAAUCUCAAAACGAGGAAAAGGCUAAACUCUGAGUUGAGGAUCUACAUCGUGUUAUCUCAUUGGUCCAGCAUGUUCGCCGAAUGCUAUUCGUUCCUCACAUCUUUGAUACCCUUCAUGUAAGUAUUUAUACCAUUUAUCAAUCUAUAGCAAGUUACUC